GUCAUCUGUACUGUCCACAGUCUCUGGUCAUCCCUGUGCUGUCCGCAGUCUCUGGUCAUCCCUGUGCUGCCCGCAGUCUCUGGUCAUCCCUGUGCUGUCCGCAGUCUCUGGUCAUCCCUGUGCUGUCCGCAGUCUCUGGUCAUCUCCUGUACUGUGUCUGCAGUCCCUGCUCCCCCUCCCUCUCUAAAGGUACGCAGUGUCUGGUCAUGCCCUGUACUGUCUGCAGUCUCUGGUCAUCUCCUGUACUGUGUCCGCAGUCUCUGGUCCAUCUCCUGUACUGUGUCCGCAGUCUCUGGUCCAUCUCCUGUACUGUGUCCGCAGUCUCUGGUCAUCUCCUGUACUAUGUCCUCAGUCUCUGGUCAUCCCCUGUACUAUGUCCGCAGUCUCUGGUCCUUCUCCUGUACUGUGUCCGCAGUCUUUGGUCAUCUCUUGUACUGUCUGCAGUCUCUGGUCAUCUCCUGUACUGUGUCCGCAGUGUCUGGUCACUUCCUGUACUAUGUCUGCAGUCCAUUGGUUCAGAAUAUUUUUUUUUCUUGUUUUUCUCCUCUAAAACCUAGGCGCGUCUUAUGGUCA